GUGUACAGACACGGAGGUCCCGCCUUGCGACCAGAUUUGUACCAACACUGAAACUGGAUUCGAGUGUUCCUGUAACACAGGCUACCUGGUUAAUAAACAGAACAAGUCGAAAUGUGACGAUAAAAACGAAUGUACUGACGGAAGGCUUUGCGAGCAGAUCUGUGAAAACACGGUGGGGAGCUACCAGUGUCUGUGUGAGAAGGGCUUCAUUGUCAGUUCCAUAGAUCCUUCUAAAUGUCCGGAUAUCGACGAAUGUGAGACUGACCCCUGCCAAAACACAUGCACUAACACUGUAGGCAGCUACCGGUGCACAUGCAACGACGGUUAUCAAGUCAGCCCCACCGACCCUGCCAUAUGUAUAGACAUCGAUGAGUGCAAAGAAUCAUCACCUUGUCAACAAAUUUGCAAUAACACAGAAGGUAGCUAUACCUGCGGCUGUAAACCUGGCUUUGUUGUCAGUCCAACUGACGCAACCAAAUGCGACGAUGUCGACGAAUGCAAAGAAUCCAGCCCCUGUGAACAAACCUGCACAAACACAGAUGGUAGCUUCACCUGCUCCUGUAAACCUGGCUUUGUGGUCAGUCUAACUGACCCAACUAAAUGUCCCGUUGUCGACGAAUGCAAAGAAUCAAGUCCCUGUGAACAAACUUGCACAAACACAGUUGGUAGCGACACCUGCUCCUGUAAACCUGACUAUGUGGUCAGUCCAACAGACCCAACUAAAUGUGGCGAUGUCGACGAGUGCAAAGAAUCCAGCCCCUGUGAACAAACCUGCACGAACACAGUUGGUAGCUUCACCUGCUCAUGUAAACCUGGCUUUGUGGUCAGUCCAACUGACCCAACCAAAUGUCCCGAUGUUGACGAGUGCAAAGAAUCCAGCCCCUGUGAACAAACUUGCACAAACACAGUUGGUAGUUUCACCUGUUCGUGUAAACCUGGCUUUGUGGUCAGUCCAACUGACCCAACCAAAUGUCCCGACGUUGACGAGUGCAAAGAAUCCAGCUCCUGUGAACAAACCUGCACAAACACCGUUGGUAGCUUCAUCUGUUCGUGUAAACCUGGCUAUGUUGUCAGUCCAACAGACCCAACCAAGUGUGACGAUAUCGAUGAGUGUCUGGACAAGGAGAACCCUCCAUGCCACCACAAUUGUACCAACACCGAGGGAAGCUUCACUUGUUCUUGUAGAAAGGGUUACAUUCCCAACGACUGUGACCCAAACUCAUGCAGAGAUGUCAACGAAUGUGAAAGAGAUCUUUGUGAGAACGACUGCACCAACACACGCGGAGGUUACAUAUGUUCCUA